UGUACGCACACUACAGCUGCACAAGUUCGUCAGUUUCUUUUAUAACACCGUUGGUUUCUGUUACUUACAGUACUUGCAAGUCGCCAUGGCUGAACAGAUGGCAUUGCGUGUGGUGCUCGUGCUCGUGAGCUUGGCGGGCGUGAUGGGCGGGGCAGAGGUGUCUCCCACGCGCGUGAGUGGGGCGGCCGAGAGGACCAAGCCGCCCACGGAGGGAGCUCGUCCACAGUACGUGCAGACGCUCUACAAGAACACGGAACAGCAGGUGGUGGUGAACACGGUGGAGCCCCUGUGGCCCUCCUACGAGGUGAGCUACUACAGCACCAAGACCACGGCCAUCGGCAACCAGACCAUCUCGACGUCGCAGGCGGAGUUCGCGACCGUCCUCAACUCCACGGUCGAUUACUACACCGACCUCUCGGCUACUAACACUUGGGACGUCGCGCCUACCACCUACCAGACCAUGGACUUCCAGCACCAGAGGGUCACCUUCACCGAUGCCGCCAACGUCACCCACACCACCGUCGAGAAUAAUGACUUGCCUUUUGUCUAAACUUAGGGGGACGUUUUAGAGAGAGAGAAAGAAAGGGUGUGUGAGCCUUUCUUCUUUCUUUCAGAGGGUACUUUUUGGUGGGAUGUUAUUUUAUUGUGUGAUAAAGGGCAUGAUUUAAAAAAAGAAAAAAAAUUGUACUGGCGUUAGGGAUGAAAAAGGAAAACUGUUCGGAUUAUUAUUAUUUUAUUUUUUUUAUUUUUUUUUUUCGAUUGCUGUUUUUGCUUUAAAAGUAAAAUUAGUUCAUGUUGAUGGCCGAUACAAGGAAUUACCUUUCUUGUAUUUUUUUAUAUAUCUUACUCCUUUCUAAAUGUGGUUUUAAAUGCAUUCAGUGUAACGUUGCAUCGAUAGGCUUGCUGGUACAUGGGAAUAUAUAUAUAUAUUUUUAUUACGUUACGUUACAGCUUAUGCUUUCUUGUAAUACGUGUGACAAGUUAAUUGACGGUGCAAUGGUGUGACCAGUAAGCAUCAUUAUAUUGUUUAUUCAAUAUUUGCUGCAAGUACAGCUUGGGCUAGAAUAUCAGAUUUGUUUUCCUAAUAUCCAAUACUCAAGACAAAUAUCUUUCAUAUCAAAUCAAAUGUUAUUUUUUAAGCUUUCCAACGUACGGAGAGAGAGAGAGAGAGAGAGAGAGAGAGAGAGAGAGAGAGAGAGAGAGAGAGAGAGAGAGAGAGAGAGAGAGAGAGAGAGAGAGAGAGAGAGAGAGAGAGAGAGAGAGAGAGAGAGAGAGAGCGAGAGCUAAAAAGACAGAGGGAGAUGAAAUAGAAAAAAGGAGAAAGAGAAUCAUUGUCUGUAUGUACUGCUGUGAUCCGGUGAAAAUAAAACGAAAAAUGUA